AUGAAAAACAUAGCGCCACCGCCACACAACCCAGGUUCGAAGGGCAAGGGUAAAAGGUCGGCUGCGGAUCGUGGGUCGGACGACGAAGAGAGCGCGCCACCACCGAAGAAGUUCAUCGUAGCAACUGGCUAUGACGGAAACAAGAAAAUAACGCUGAAGCGUCGUCCUGCGACGAAAGAAGCUGGUCAAAAGACUAAACAGGGUGCUGCGGUGGCAAAGUCUACGAUACCCGAUCGAUCCAGAAGGGGGGCAAGCGGUUCGAAGAGCCAAACUCGCGCCUUAGACGAAGCGAUGAAAGCGCUCAAAGCUGCUGGGUUAGACCCAGCCAUGAUCAAAGCUGCAAUGAAGAUCUGCGCGGAAGAUAGAGAAGACAUGGUCACCGAAGAGAACGAUCAGCCACAAGACACAGUUGAGGCCGGUAGCGAUGCACAGGAUGGACCUGUGGAGGGGGCGAACCCCGAUGAUCUUGAGCUACACGCAUCAAUGCGCGGGUGCCAGGUCACAACAACUGAGAAGAUGGACGGCCCCCUUCGAGGCUCUUAUGCGCACAUCCCCAAGCUGUCACCAGAUCGCUUCGUUCACAAGAACAUGCUGGUGAACAUGACCACUACGGCGAUGUUUGCGAGCGAGAUGUUCAGCUCGAUCAAUCAGGAUCGCUUAAUAAGCAUGUUAACGUUCAAGGCUCAUGCUGGAUCGGGUCUAUCGAAUCCCGCGCGGGAUGAUCCAAAGCGUCAUAAGGUCUCACCUCGCAUCAACAAGGGGGGCGCCAUCAUCCCGCAGUCAAGCAAAGGCGAUAACCAGCCAACCGCCUUCGUCUUCUAUGGCUAUACUCACACCAGCAAUGUCAUGGACGGCAGGACGUACACAAAGGGCAACGGCGUGACCAAGUGCGUCAAGGAGUAUGAGAUCAACAUGGUGACCAUGGAAUCGGAACGGGCUAUGGCAUUUUUAUCCGCCGUGCUGGGUGGUCGCCAAUACAUCUUGCCCGUCACUGAAGGAGGAGGCGUCAUGUUCGCAACGAAACACAGCGUGGUUUCUGACAACGACGCCGGAACUGGUGAAUAUCUCUUCCAUUCACCUCUAUCAUCAUUCCUCAUCACGCAAACUCUAGGAAACGCGCUGCCUGGCCACUUUCAGGCUACGACCAGAAAGAAGUCUCAGAUGUGCCACCCUGAUAUCCAACGUCGCGCCAGGGACGCAAACGAGCCUGUGCCAGUGUGGGACUGCACGAAUCACUUCUUAGGUGAACAAUCCAACGAAGAAUUUCGGCCUGUCGAUAUUCUGACUCAGACUGGCCGCACCGAUGACGAGCGUUGGAUGGGCGAUGUACCCGCUGGUGCUUUCGUGGCUGUCAUAAGCACUGUCUCGUUCUACGGAUCAGACUCCCAGUCGGAAGAGAAGACGUUGUCUUUCAACCUCUCCGCUAUUCAUGUAUUGGCUGUUCCGAGGGAGGAGUAG